AUGAGUAAUUAUAGCGUAGUGAUAGAGGGUCGGGUGGACGACAAAGUAGUAAGGGUUCCUUGGUGUGUUACACCUGGGUCAAAAAUUGACAAAAAAUAUAUUGGCACGUCUCCGAAAAUAAAAAAUGUACUCAAAAGUUAUUGGAAACUUGUAGAAAAUAAUAUAACUUUUAUAAGAAUUCAUGGAGCACCAGUAGACCAGAUAACUAAUGAUAUAGAUCUGACUAACAAGACAUGUCUUAUUACUGGAGCGAAUAAUGGCAUCGGUUUGGAAAUGACAAAAUGUUUAAAUUCUAACGGUUGCAAUGUACUAAUGGCGUCUCGGAAUAGUUAUGCAGCUAACAACAUUAUUAAAUACGUGGUAGAAAAGAAUGAUCUGCUACGAUUUUAUGAUAUUAAUCUCGCUUCUCUUAAGUCAGUUAAGAACUGUUGCAAUGCAAUAUUGAAAAAUGAACAAAAAAUUGAUAUGGUUAUUUUAAAUGCUGGAGUAUUUGGUUUGCCAUGGACUCUUACUGAAGACGGACUAGAAACAACAUUUCAAGUCAAUUACCUUAGCCAGAUCUACUUAUUAAUGAAUAUUGAAAAGUUGCUUACACCAGAUGCCAGGGUCAUAUUCGUGUCGUCCGAGUCUCAUAGGAACGUGAAUUGGACUUUACAUAAUACUUUGGCGCCAACUGAAGAUCUAGUUUCACUUCCGAAAAACAAGUAUACUUCUAUAAAAGCGUACAAUAUAUCUAAGCUUUGUGGUAUUCUGGCAAUGCACUACUUGGGAUAUCGGUGGUUGAACACUGGCAAGGCAGUUUUCUGCGCACACCCAGGCACUUUUGUGAAGACCAGUUUAUGUCGCAACUGGUGGAUCUACGAAACGCUCUAUACACUUAUGAAGCCGUUUGCAAAAUCUAUUAGUCAAGCAGCUAGCACUCCAAUUUACUGUGCCAUCUCACCAGACUUGAAAGGUUUGUCCGCUCUAUAUUACAAGGAUUGUCAGCGCUGCGAGGAAAGUGAUCUAGCGAAAGAUCUCCACCUUUCAUUCAGGAUGCAUGAUUUAACGCAGGACAUAUUACGUGAACGAGUCAAGUUUAUCGAUGAUUCAGUUAAUAUGGUGCUUAAAUCUUCCGGUUUGCAAGACCAACCAAAGGAGAUUAUAAAUGAUAACCUCGUUUCUAAUUACACAGGACAAAUCCAGUAA